CGUAUAGAUAUUUGACGGAAUCUGGCGCUGCCGCGCUCGCAACAUUUAACAAUAUGCAAGCUUUGUCGUAUUUACAUGACGUUCAUCGCAUGUUAGAAGAGGAAGGAGAGACUUUUUUAGCAAAUAUUGAAGAGAAAGCAAGAGUUGAAAGCCUUAUAGGACAGGCUCUAUUUGGCAUGAAUCGUCUUGAUGCGGCGUUAGAACAUUUUCAUGCAGCGCUCAAAGAACUUGGUGUAAAGCAGCCAGUCUCUCCACUGAAGAUUUGGUGGCGUCUGCGAAUUGAACUAAUGAAACAGGCAGCAAGUUAUUUGUCAAUAAGAAAAGUUGUGCCAACUGUAAGCGACCACGAAGGCAUUCUGUUGGAACGAGCACGUUGUUUUUUUCACAUCUCUCAUGUUUACCAUGCUGAAGGCAGGUACAAAGAGUCAUUUAUGGCUGCGCUACAGGAACUCAACACCGCUGAAAGACUUGAAAAUAAUUUUCACGAGUUAUUAACUGCCUAUACAUCAGUGAUUGAAUGCGCCGGUCUUGUAUCAUGGACACGUUGUGCAGAAAAGUUCGAAGAAAUAGCCAUGAAUAGAUGCAAACCUGGUGAUUCGUCGUUAUUUCUUGAUGAUUUGGUCAAUGUCUCAAACUUUUACUCUGUUGUGUGUACGUUUCAACUUAGUCAAGGACAUCUACAAAAUGCUGUGGCCUCAGGAUUUCGUGCUUUAUGUCUGGCGAAUAAAUCGAACGAUCACAUGCUAAAGAUCAACUGUACUCCAUCACUUUCACAGUGUUUGAUUUUAAUGUCUCGGAUCGAGGAAUGUCAUAAUGUGUUGAAAGAAUUAAAUUAUGCUGCUCGUGAGAUGGACAAUCUUCAUGGUCGAGCAUUAUUUUUUUGUAAUUGUUUUGAUUUGAUCUUGGAGACAGGUCACAUUCUGGAAAGCGUGGAAGAUUGUAUAAUAUUCACAAUUCAAAUUUCCGCCGAUCCUCGUCUUACUUGGGAUUUGAUUGUAAAAUACUAUCUCAAUGCUUCCUUGCUUCUUUGGCAUGCGCGUUGCGAAGAGUGGGAAGAAGCAGAGAAAGUGCUUAGUGCACUUAAAGCCAUCGAGCCAGCUGCAUUUGAGGUUGUAAUGGCAGCGAGAGGGUUCGUAAAAGUUGUCGAGUGUCAAUUGUUAAUGUACCGGAAAAACGCCAAAACAAAGUCAUUCGUAGCAGCUGCAGAAAGGUUAGGUUUAAAACUUUUAUCUCGAAUAUGCAAACGUUUUCCUGUUAUAAGACCAAGAUAUUACCAUCUUAAGGCGCAUUACUUCAUGUUACGUUGUAAGUUCAAAAAAGCAAGAUCAAGUUUGCUGCCAAAAUGCAUCGACAUAAGCACUAGAAUGGGUACUGUCAUGGAGACAGAAUGGGCUAUUCUUAGUAAACAUGAGUGGUUCGACAAGAAGCAAACUCAUACGAACUUUAUUUACGAUGGACUAACCAAGUUUCCACUUUCUGUGGUAACCGAACCUUCGUAGUCAAACAUACCGUGUCUUUUCAAUGUUCCUUUGGGCAUUCAUAGAUUUGUUAACUUGUAGGACAAUGUUUUUAGUGGCAAAAAUUGUUUUCUUUGAUGUUUAUUGAGGUUGAUGUUCGGUUUUAUUGAGAUAAGGCAUUACUUUUUCUUAGACAUGAACAGAAUUAUCUUGACUUUGAUUGAUGUAAUGUUGAAAUUGUGUUUUUUUAGUGAUGAAUGAAAAUUAUAUACAUAUUUUAA